AGCACGGCAGAUGAUCAGCAGAAGCACUCGCGAGCCGCGAGAGAGAGGAGAGGAGGCAGCCAUGGCGAAGGCAUCUCCGGCCGCCUCGCACACCGCGCGCCCCGCCUCCCUCCGCUCCUCCUCCCGCGCCGCCGCCUCCGGCUCCUCCUCCGCAAUUCCCAGGCCGCCGCUCCCCGCCGCCGUCAACACCCGCGACGUCUCCUCCAACUGCAAGGGGGUCGCCAAGCGUCUGGACUACGAUGACAACUUCGCAUUCCCCGACGCCCUCGCCGUGCCCGACGACGACGACCUCGCGCCGCUCCUCGUGCUCCCCGACCCCGCCGAUUCCUUCUCCUCCUCCUCCUCAUCCACCCUCGUCUCCGCCACUCUGGACGACGCCGUCACCGCUUCCGCCGACUCCGCUCACACCCAGGUGACCGCCGGCGAGACUAACGAGAUGGUCGAGGAGGAGGAGCCCCUCCCGGACCAGGUCAACCUCGCCCUCGCCGAGCUGCAUGGCGGCCGCGGCCUCAGCCCCCGCUCCAAGCGCCUCAUCGCCGAUGUCCUCGAGCUCCUCGCCGCCGAGCGCAACCCCACGGCCACCACCCUCCGCCUCCGCGCCGCCUUCUGGGGGAAGGUGCGCGUCUGUAUCCUUGCCGCGACGGUCGUCACCGUAGCCGCCAUCGAUAUCGCGCUCGCCGUCGCCCUCAUCUCCCGCCGCCGCAGCAGCUACUACUACGACGGCGUGCUGCCUCCGACCUGACCUGCCUGCCGUCGCCGAUUCGCUGCACAUCACUACCGAAAGCAGGAGUCGUCGUCGCUGUGGAAUGAACUAAUUACAUUCAUGUUGUGAGGAAAAUUUGUUGCUGUAAAAAGAGAUUCUGCUUUCAGUAAUAAUCAACUUCAUUCAUGUUGUGCAGCGCCUUCUGAAGUAAAUUUUGGUUGCUCUUUCAUUUCCACUGCUCAUUAUGCUGAAAACUCGAGUGUUGUGCCUUCAAAUUGCAGUGCUUAUUCCAAAUC